AACUUCAUCCGUGUGUCUCUUCAUCAAGAAUGAAACAGCUGUACGGUGUAGUGGCAUUGCUUGCAGUUCUCUGUUUGAAUGGAAUUCACAGUAAGCAAUUGAAGGAAGAACAGGUGCAAAUCCAUGAAGACGGUGAAAGAGCAUUUAAAAAACGAAUUGUGGCUAACACUCGCAGUCUACUGCAACAAGCAGGACGUAUCAAAGUGUUGAAGGAAACCGGAAAAGCGCGCCUUAUAAAGGCAAAUAAGGGAUAUGGGGUACGCAACCAGUACGUUAUUCGAUUGAAGGAAGGACUAACCGAUAAACAAGUUGCACGGUUUCUGGAGACGAUUCCGCGGUACAAAGGCGACCACAUUAAAUUUAACAGUGAAACAGACAUAGUAAUGGUGAAGCUUACAGAAAGCGAGGUGGAAGAAGUAAGAAAGAACACAGAUAUUAUUGAAGAAAUCGAGCAAGAUGUUAUAGUGAAAGUUAAUGACGAUUUUAGUAGCUGUCAUGAAUACAACGUACUUGACUUAUAUGGACUGUGGGGCUUGGACAGAGUUGACAAAAUCCGAGAUGACAAUCGCCUGCUAAGCUGGGGUAACGGCAGUGGAAUAGAUGUCUAUAUUAUUGACACUGGAAUAAGACCCAGUCAUGAGUGUUUUGCAGGAGGGAGAGUGACACUUGGCUUUCCCGACACUUCAGAAACGGCCGCCAUUGACGACCAUGGUCACGGCACUCAUGUCGCGGGCACAGUUGGUUGUUCAAAGUACGGAAUUGCUAAAGAAGUUCACCUGAUCGCUGUGAAGGUAUUAGAUGGCAACGGAAGCGGUACUUCCCAGGGCGUUCUAAAUGGAAUGUACUGGGUGCUUGAGCAGGUGCGUGCUAGAAAGCGCACAUCUGUGGUGAAUAUGUCCUUAGGCGGAGGCUACAGCACUGCGUCGAACGACGCCGUUGCAGCCUUGGUUGAUGAAGGUAUCCCUGUCGUCGUCGCUGCAGGAAACGAUAAUGAAGACGCCUGUCUCAGUUCCCCAUCCAGUGCCCCCAAAGCAAUUACAGUAGGUGCAACCACCUCGUCUGAUUCCAGGGCGGAUUUUUCCAACUAUGGCCGUUGUGUAGACAUAUAUGCCCCCGGAGACCGUAUUCUCUCAGCAACUAAUAAAACCGACACUUCCACUGCGGUUCAGAGUGGCACAUCUAUGGCGUCUCCUUUAGUCGCUGGGGCGGUUGCGGCACUGGGAUCGGUGUUCGUUGCAGAGGGUUACUUCCAGGAAAAUACCCCUGCGUUUGAACGAUUGGUGAAUCAUUAUUUGAUGUAUUUUGCCGUAACCACACCUGGGGAAAACCACCGCUUGCUACAUGUUGAAUGUUUAUCAUCUUCUUGA